AUGGGAAGCGCCUCGGGUGGUCCCAAGAAGCAACUGACCGUGCAAACCGGUGUUGGGUUGGCGGAACCGGCUUCCGACUUUGACCUCCCCUCCCCCACUCCGCUCGCCGCUCCUCUCGGCGCGCCGGUUUCGGCGCCGACGACGUCCGCGCUAGAAGCAGGAGGCGGGUCUGCGGAGAUUCCGCCGCAUGACCCUGGCUCGCCUACUCCGCUAGCAGCGCCUCUUGCGGCUCCGCGGAGCUCGUCGGCGGGUGCUUCCGCGGGUGCGCCCGCGCAGGCUGUCGAUCCUGGAUCGCCGACUCCGCUUGCUGCGCCUGUUGCGCGCACGCCCACUCCAAUUUCCACACCAGCGGUAAUCGAAGCUUCCCCGCAUGACCCCGGCUCACCCACUCCGCUCGCUGCGCCGGUUGCAGGCAGCGGCGGCGGCGGAGUGGAUGCGCCCACGCAUGACCCAGGCUCCCCCACUCCGCUGGCUGCUCCGUUGGGGGGGAAAUCCGCGGCAGGCGGAGGCGGGGGGGGAAUCGGCGGAUCCCCGCCGAAGGCAGGUCACGGUGCGGGGGAGGAAGGCGCGGAGGACGCGGAAAGUAGUGACUCGGACGAGGAAUUUCUUUCACAGUACAAGCAGCUAACCAAGUCCAAGUCACGAGGACGAAACGAGGGGGCACUGCUAGUGGGAGGUAGCGGGAACAGCGGCAGUGGAAGCGGAGCAAGCGGGGGAGGCUGCGGGGUAGGAUCGGGAGCAGGGGUAAGCGGCCCAGGCGGAAGUGGGGGGGAAACGAAGCCUGGACCAGGGGGGUUAGGGGGAAGAAGCAGGGGCGGGCCUCCUCCUGUCCCUUCCGCGCAUGGUAGCAAAAGCGGAGGUGGCGGGGGGGCAGCAUUGGGCGCAGGAGGGGUAGGGGGUCACUCAGCGAAAGGAGGGAUGUCAGCUGCAGCAGCAGCGGCUGUAGCGGCUGUAGCAAGCAAGGCCGGGGGACACAGCGCGCACGGCGGGCAUAGCAGCCCAGUAGCAGCGGUGGGGAAAGCAGCGAUGUUGAUAGAAGAAGCUGUGAAGCCGCCUUUACUAAGGAGCAGAUCAGGAGACACAGUUAGAGCCCACCUUGCUGCUGCGGGCGCUGGCGCUGGCGGUAGCAGUGGCGCGUGUGCCUCGUCCCCCUCGCCUCUCCAUUCCACCAGCACCGGUGGUAACAGUCAGGCUGGUUCGGGACUAGGUCCGGGAGCGGGUGGAGGUCCGGGUGGUAUGGGUUGCCACUCUCUCUCCAGUCGCCAAGCAGAGAUGCAUCACAACGCGCUAAGAGCUCCUGCCAGGUGUCACUCGGAUAAGGGCAUGCACGGCGUGGGAGGGGGGAGGGACGGGAGUGGGGGCAGUCCCCCGCUGCCUGUGGGGAAACGGGGUCUGGAGGAGGGGAGGAGAGGGGGGAGCUGCAAGGAGGCGGGUGCGGUGGGGGGAGGGGAGGGCAUGGGGGUAGAUGCGGAUCUGUUUGGAUCAAUGGGUGGGGAGGGCGGGGCAGUGGACGAGGAUUUGUUUGGGGCGGAUAAUGGAGACUCUGAUGAUGACGAUGAUGACGCUGCUGUUGCUGCUGCUGCUCCCUCCGGAGCUGGAGUUGGUGUUGGUAGCAGCAGUGUUGCUGCCGCAGGUGGAACAGCAGUGGAUGAGGACCUAUUUGGUCCGUCGGAGAAUGUUUCCGAACCGCCCAAACGGCUCGGCAGAACCUUCAGCGGCUGCGGCGCGUCUGUCGCUGCUGCCGCUGGUGCAGGUGUUGGUGCAGGUGCUGGCGGUAGUGGUGUUUCUCCCGGUGGUGUGGCAAUUGCGGCGGUAGCACACCUUAAAGCGCAAGAGCAGAAGCUAUCCAGAACAAGAAGCGUGGAAAGUUACUCGAGACAAUCAGGAGGCGGAGGAGGGGGGAGUGCAGGGAGGGGAAGUGUGGGGCAUAGCCGAUUCGAUGGAGGAGGGGCAGCAAAGGCAGCGGUGCCGGUUUCAUCUGCAGCAUUGGCGGUUCCUGUGGCAAUCGCAGCAGGAGCGUCAACAGUGACAGCUCUAGUGGUGGAAGAUGGUGAUUCUGAUGAUGACGACGAGGAUGAGGGGGUUCAGGAUGUGAAGUGUGGGGCGAGUGAAGGUAGAAGUCAGAUGAUGGACGGUUCAGGAGGGGUUGGCAUGAGGAGUGGUAUAGGAAGAGGGGUGGUAGGUAUGGGAAGAGGGAGGGACAAGGUUGAGGAAGAGAGCGCCAUGUCAGAUGAUGACGAUGACGACUUGCAGGAGAUCUUGCAGGCUAUGCAGAGGAGAGCCUCAUGA